AUGACACAAGCAGAUGUUGGUGUAGUAGGCAUGAACAUGGUGUCCCCGCAGAGCAGCAGGGACACACUGGAGAGGAAUGUGCCUUUAAUGCGCCUGGAUGACGAUGCUGACCUUAGGAAAAUAUAUACAUUUGGAAGGAAAUUGGGUCAAGGUAGCUUUGGAGUUGUUUAUGAAGCCACCCACAUUGGGACACAGACAAAGUGGGCUAUUAAGGAGGUUUGCAGACCAGCGGCAGGUAGUUCGAAAGUCAAGAUGCUGGGGCACGAAAUAAACAUUCUCAGACAAGUGAAUCAUGCUCACAUAAUACAUCUCCAGGAAGUCUACGACACAGCUAAGAUGACUUAUUUGGUUACUGAGCUGUGCACUGGAGGUGAACUGAAGCAGCUGUUGCAGCGGAAAAAGUUCUUUACAGAGGACGAAACGAGGCAUAUCAUCUCCAGUUUAGCUGACGCCGUUGUCUACCUUCACAAAAGAGACAUAGUGCACCGGGACUUGAAGCUUGAGAACAUUCUUGUGAAAAGUUGUCUUGAUGAGGAUGAAAAAGGCAGGAUUAAUAUCAAGGUGACAGACUUCGGAUUAUCGGUGCAGACAGGCGGUGUAGGGAUUGAGAACAUAAUGACGGAGGCCUGUGGGACUCUUAUCUAUAUGGCACCUGAAAUGAUGAGCGGCCGUGGUUACAGCCAGUGGUGUGAUCUGUGGAGCAUAGGAGUUAUUAUGUAUAUGUUGCUGUGUGGGGAGGCUCCGUUUGUGUCGAAAACAAAGGCCAACCUACUGAAGGAGAUAAUGAACAAAGAAAUCAAAUUUACUCAAACCAUCUGGGCCACAGUCAGUGAUGCAGCAAAAAAUGUAUUGACUUGCCUUCUGAAGGUGGAUCCUGCCUACCGCAUGUCUGCUAAUCAGCUACUAGAAAACCCCUGGAUCACAGGUGACACUAAUGUGCCUGCUAUACCGUUCAAUGUGCUGGAGAUGAUGCGUCACCACCUGGAACAGGAAGAGGGAACACAGACUCUGGAGGUCUUGUCCCUUGCCUCUUCUGAGGACACACAGCACCCAUCCCCAGUCCCCAAGGCAGCUUCAACAGAAACCACCAGCAACUACAGGAACCACAGUGGGCUCAGUCCUGAGAGCGACAGCAGCUCCUGCACACCCGCAUCCACCAAUCUCAUGCUGGAGUGAAACCCUCCACACAGCCGAGUGCAAAGCAGCGCAGGCCCUGGGACAAGAAGAAUGUCAGUACAGGACAGAAACCAGCCUCUGACAUCAGUAAGGUGGGCAACCAGAGACCAUCUACCUCCAGUAAAAGCAGGACUGCCCCCCGCAAACCACCGGCUGUCUAAGACCCAUACCCCUUCAGAAUAA